UAUUAUAAACCGAACUUGGUUCUGGUUUCCACACCCAACUCUCAAGUCUCUCAAGACUUUCGAAUCGCAGUUAAGCGACUAGCGGCCUAAUUAAGCACUCUCUCUUUCGACUCUCCAGAUUUUAUCCACCGGUCAUGGACAAGGCGAUGAGCGAUGGGUUCGGAUGCAGCCCCGCUUCGCUUCUUGCACUUCUCUUAGUCCUAAUCAUUCUUAACUGGCUCCUUGUACUGCACUUCAACUCGAAUUUACGCUACUUGUUUUUAUGCUUCCUUUGCGAUGUUAUGCAGAUUAAGCCCGUGAUCCAAAGAAGUUGCACCGACGAGAACGUAUGUUAUCACAAACCAUCCGAAGGAGUUGAAACCAACUCUAUAACUACAAGUCCUGAUCAAGUCCCUUCAGUUCACGCAGCGGAGAUUAGUUACAUUCACGAAAAUGUUGCAGAUGGCGAGAAGAAUCUGUGUGUAGGAGAACUAGGACUAGUGAUGGAGACACUAGGAACAUUAAGUGAGGGGAGACUCGGGUCGAAGGAGAUUGCUGAUUUGUUUGAGGAGGACCCGAGCUUGGAGGAAGUAAAAGAAGCUUUUCGCGUGUUUGAUGAGAACGAGGACGGCUUCAUUGAUGCAGGUGAGCUAAUGAAGGUUCUCUCUGUAUUGGGUUUCGUUGAAGCUUCGGAAGUGGAAUGCAAACGGAUGAUCAAGGCAUUUGAUGUUGACGGAGAUGGACGCAUAGAUUUCGAUGAGUUUGUUAGACUCAUGGAAAACAGCUUCUGCUGAGUUCACAACAUAAAUUGCUCUCAAAUUCUAGGCCACUCACACCUCUUUUCACAUUCUUUUGGUUGACAAAGAGGGUUUCGUUAAUGUAGUUUUAGAUGUUUAAAAUGCGUUUGAAAUAUGUGAAUUUUAUUUGUAUUA